GGCAAUGGAUCGAACAAUGGGGCGAACCAGCUGAUCUCCAAACUUUCUGUCUGCUCUGCGCUCGUGCGCGCGUGUUAGCGUCGGCCGAACGUGCAGGUCCACCCCCUUUCGACCUCGUGCUUCUACAUCCAUGUUUCCGGUCCAUCUUCUCAGACACGUAACUUGAGCCAGCCAACGACAAUGUGGGUUCUCGUCACCGCGCUCACACUAGGCUUGUACGUCUCAACAAGCUCGGCGUCGGUCUACCUACCCAUCAGAGAGCCCGCGGUUUGCCCUAUCGCUGCUAGCUGCCCGGGAGGUAAUGCCGGCGUGAACACAUGCUGUACCCCUCUGCGCUCCUCUGGCGGCGUGCUCGCCCUGUCUACUCAGUUCUGGUCCGCCCAAGGACCGAGCGAUGCCGCAACAUUGCACGGUCUCUGGCCGGAUUUCUGCAACGGCAGCUACCCUCAGUACUGCGACGACGGUCGAGACGUUUCCGGUUCUGCCAUCCGAUCGAUCUUGCAGAAGUACAAUCAGGUCGCUUUGCUGGCUUUCAUGGACAAGUACUGGCUCGGUGAACCGACGGCAGGUCAGAGUGCCAUUUCUGCCAAUGAUGAUUUUUAUAGCCACGAGUUCGAGAAGCAUGCGACGUGUACGCCAUCGUUCGAUCUGCAAUGCUAUGGCAAUGCCAAUAGGACGGAGACGAGCAUCGUGGACUUUUUCAACACCGCGGUGGGGUACUACCAGCGCUUCCCGACUUACCACUUCCUUACGAGCAGAGGUAUCAGUCCCUCCACCACGGAGAACUACACACUCGGUCAAGUACAGUCUGUCCUGAGAAGCUACACGGGUGGCAAUGCAACGCUGAACUGCGUCAACGGCGCACUGUCGGAGAUCUGGUACUCGUUCUAUUUCUACGGUCGCAUACAAGACUAUGCCUACAGAGGCGUCGACGCAACUUACGCCGGCUCGUGCCCAGCCUCAUUCAAGUGGCUACCCAAAAGCGCUCUAUGAAUGACGUUGCGCAUAUUUGUACAUCGACACAACACGGAUGCACACUGAUUAUAGCUGAUUGCGUUUGCUU